AUGGGAAUUGACGAUUCCAAUUCGGCGUCUGGCGCCUUACUGAGCAAUGUGACUGAACUGGACGACUAUGAUAAUACCCAAUUGGGUGCAUCGUCGAGUGAUUCUGAGGAAAAAAUGGUUGAAAACGAGUCAACUAAGGCUAACGAGAUGAUCAAUAUCCGAUCAUCAAUUGCCAGAAGAGGCAAAAAUUCGUUUCANUUGUUUUCAUCAGUUGUUCAAUUAUUUUAG